UGUCCGUGCACCCAGCGCGACGCGCCAAGGGUGGCUGGCUCAAAAGUGAACUUUCACAAUCAACGACGCUUUGCUUUGAUCUCUGUUUCCGCUCGGUUUCUUUUUGUGGUCGAGGGAACUGUUCGACACCCGGCUCUUGCAUCGCACACUUGAUUUCCUAGGCAUACCAUGACUUGAAUCUGCGGAUACGUCGCCUCUUUUUGUUUCUUUUCCUUCCCUUCCGUCUGCCUUUGCGACUCCCGCCGGCCGACGCUCAUUUUCCUCACUUCCCUUCUCUUCCAAUCAGCGAGUAGUGGGCGGUCUACAGCCUCUUUUCCAUUCCGCCAUCGCCACAGCACACCGUCUCAACCGCGUCACUAUCUUCCACCUCGCAUCAUGUCUGAAAAGAUCUACGGCGUAACGCCUCCCAUCUCGACGGCCCUACCGAACGAGAAUGAGAAACGUAUGCACGAGGCACUCCACAAGGAGCUGCGGGCCCAAGGCACUUUCGAAAGCCCAGCCGAGACUGAGGAAAGGAAGAGAGUUAUUGCGCAGCUUGAGAAAGUUACAAAUGAAUUCGUCAAGAGGGCCGCUAGGGAGAAGGAACCCAAAAAUACCAUUCUGAUCCGGGAUGCUAUCGGCAGGGUGUUUACAUAUGGCAGCUACCGCCUCGGCGUCUAUGGACCAGGUUCCGAUAUUGAUACGCUCGUCGUCGCGCCCAAAUAUGUCACGGUCGAGCAGUAUUUCAAGAUUUUUCCCGAAGUGCUCGUCGAGAUGGCGCCGCCUGGUGCCAUCACCGACUUGACUCCCGUACCCGAUGCGUUUGUGCCCAUCAUCAAGUUUGAGUUCUCCGGAAUCAGCAUCGACCUCAUUUUUUGCUCGAUCCAAACACUCAAACAACUGCCGGCUGACAAGAACUGGAGUUUGGCCGACAACAACCUCCUCCGCGGUUUGAGCGAGAACGAAGUGCGGUCGUUGAACGGGACGCGAGUGACAGACGAAAUUCUGAAUCUCGUCCCGGAACCUGCCACGUUCAAACUUGCCCUCCGAGCUAUCAAGCUUUGGGCUCAGCGGAAAGCAAUCUACGCGAACAUUAUGGGCUAUCCUGGAGGAGUUGCCUGGGCCAUGCUCGUCGCCCGCAUUUGCCAGCUCUACCCCAAGGCCACAAGCGCCGUCAUAGUCAACAAGUUUUUCAACAUCAUGUCCAAGUGGCCCUGGCCCCUCCCCGUUCUCCUCAAGGAUAUUGAGUACGGCUCCGCGGUCACGCGGGUAGCGGUGUGGAAUCCCAAGCUCUAUGCCAGCGAUAGGAACCACAAGAUGCCCAUCAUCACCCCGGCAUACCCCUCCAUGUGUGCGACGCACAAUGUUAGCAGAUCAUCCAUGAUGGUGAUUCAGCAGGAACUGGAGAAGGGCGUGCGGAUAACGGAUGAGAUCAUGGUGGGUAAGAGGCCGUGGAAAGAUCUCUUCACAAAGCACACCUUUUUCACCUCGGGAUUCAGAUACUACCUCACAAUCAUUGCAUCCAGCAGGACCAGAAAGGCCCAAAACGCCUGGUCGGGGUUCAUUGAGUCGAGGGUGCGGCUACUAAUCAACAAACUUGAGAUGCACCCGGCGAUAGCUCUGGCGAGGCCAUUCAACAAAGGCUACGACAGAGUGCACCGGUGCAAAAAUGAUGCACAACUCGAGGAGGUGGUGUCAGACGGCAGUCUUGCUUACCUGUACACCCCGCCCGCUGAAGAGAAACCCAAGGCCGAACCCAAGACCGAUGCCCAGUCCGCGGUGAAGACUGAAGACGGAGCCUCAGUCAAGGCCGAGGAUGGCACAACAGUCAAGCCCGAGGACGGCGUCGCGGUGAAGCAGGAGGGGGGCGAGGAAGGAUCACUCGGCAUGAUCCCGAUGGUUAAGGCCGAGCCGCAAGACGAGGAUAAGAUAAAACCCGAAGAUGUUGCUGGGGCAAAGGAGACAGAGGUGGAGAUUUUCACGACUAACCACUACAUUGGGCUGCAGCUGGUCGACAAGGCAAAGAAGCUCGACCUGUCGCGUGAGGUCAAUGAGUGGAAGGCCAUGUGCAUGUCCAACGACAUCUUCGAGCCUCACCUGAUGUUCCUGUCGGUUCAACAUGUCAAGAAUACGUCACUUCCUGACGACGUGUUUGAGCCCGGCGAGCAAAAGCCCCAACCACCCUUGAAAAAGGCCAAGCGAUCAGCUUCGGAGGAUCCCAGUACUAAUCAGAACCAGCCACCAGCAAAGCGGCAGGCUCAGGGUAAGCAGCAGAACACAACGGCGACGACGGCUAAUACCGCGGCAGCAGCUGCGGUUGCUUGAAGACAGAUUGGCGUCGCCGAAAGCGGCGAGGAGUUGCGAGAGGGAAUCGGGACAUUGGAGAGGAACGGUGCUGAUAUCUUCGGCCGAACUGGGCGCAGGGGCACAAGUUGCCUCGUCAAAUCUUGUUUCCUUGGGUCUGGUCUUGAGUGACUGCCUGACUGACGGGUGUUCUUGUGAUGGCAAUUAAUAAAUGCCAAAGGGUUAGGGUUCAAAGCUGUAGCCUUUUCAUCCACUUCAGGAGUCCUGAAUCCUGAUCGUGUUCUCGUUCACUCUUCAAGCAACUCACCAACUUUCAUCGACGAAUCUAGUCGCGAUGCAUGAAAUCAUCACUGUUCAGCUCGGACAGCAAAGCAACUACCUAGC